CACACAAGAACAUGUUGAUAGAAAACAAAAGAUAUUUUAAAUAUUAGACAAAUAGAUAAAAUUUGAGAAAAUGAAAGGUAAAUGCUGCUCCUUCUCCUCUGGCUCAUUUUCAGACGUGUGUGUCUUCUUCCUUCGAACAACCCGCUACUACUCACGUUGGCACUGAGACAGAGAGGCACUUGCAUGUGUGUUAGGUUUUUUUUAACCAUGACGGCAGCGUGGCGUGCACAAGUCAUGGCUCCGCUCCUCCCCAAUGAAAGAGGCACGCAGGGUUUUUUUUUUCCCCCCACUGGAGAACUCACGGGAAGAAUGCGUGCACAACAGUAGCACUCCUGCGUGUGCGCCCCUCCCCCUAACUGUUCUGUCUCUAGCGGAGGAGCAAGGAGCAUAGACCCUAUGCAUAGACCGAAGGAGGAGUUAAUCUGUGUGCGUCUGCUUAAAACACGCAUAGGGAAAAAAAGAACGAUGGAAAGAACGGCUCUCCCCCAGCCGCGACUCGGCUCCUGUCGUUCAUGUUUAUGAGCCGUUCAAAAGAAUCGGUUCGUUCGCGAACGUCACAACUCUAGCUGUAAGCAAAUCAGAAAGGGAGACUGGCGCAAACGGAUUACUGGGUGUUGUUUUUGAGAAAAGACACAUUAUUGUUUCUGUAUCAAAGCUGGCUGGAUUUUGAAAGGAGUCUACAACGUUCUCCAGUCGAGUCUGCUGCAGGAAGAGGACUGUUUUUCCACCACUUGGCAAGAAGACCGGUUGAACGUGUGGAGCAGCACAUUGUGCAUCAUUACAUGUAAAGACUACAUGAUGGACUUCAUUGAGGAUGCUAUACAGCGUGUGCUACCACAACUACAAAGGGAGAAGGUGGAAGCAGUGAUUCAUGAGUUGGAAACCAACUUAGGUGUGGAAGGGGCAGAUGCUCUUCAGUUAAUUAAAGAGGAAGACAUCAGACAUCUACUAUCACCCAUUCAGUGUCGAAAAUUAAUUAAUUCUUUCAAAAGUGAUCCAAAAAGUCCCCAGUCGACCACCUCUUCUAUUGUUUCUUCCCCUAGUACUUCCCUCUCUAGUUCAUUCUCAGAUGAGCCUUCCACCAGUCAAUUAAUCAGUCCACGUGGACACAGUGACUGGGUGGACAGAUUUCAGGUGCCCUGGGACAAAAUGAGGCCCUCUCUCGAAAGAGCCAUUGAUGCUGGUAAUCGUCCAGAGCCAGGGGAUCGCCGACACAUGGUGCAUGUCAUUGUCGAUACCAUGAGAGAACACUGCUUGAACCCGACACUCAAUGACUGUACCGCAGUAGCAAAAGAUAUAACUCAGAUGUAUCCUAGCAGCUUUUUAGAUCACACUGAGGAGGGGGAAAAGAUUGGAUGUGGAUACUUCACUUUACUGCAGCAGCUGAAGACAAGAGUUGAAUAUGUCAAUAGAGACAAUACACACUCGCGUCUGAGAAGACCCAGAAGGUCAAAGACAAGUGAUGAUGACCAGCCACCACCUGCCAAAUGUACUAGAAUCGACAGUUAUGGUUGUAUUAACUGGCAGCCACAGGAGUACCCAGAGGGGGAAACAUCUUCUUCACUUGAAGAAAAGAGGAAAGAGAUGGUGGACAUAUUUACUCAAGAGGGGCUAAGGGCAGCUGAAAGACGAAGGGUAAAGGAGCUUAUGACAAUCACAUAUCUAAAGCAGCGAGAGGACAUAAAUGCAGACCCACCUCCCAGCAUUCUGGACAUAAGUAAACAGUGGCCGUUUCUCCUGUCUUGGAAGUUCUUACUUUCCCACUUCACCACCCUGACUGGUGUUGACCUGUACACCAGACUGAAGGAAGACUUUGAUAAGAAGGGGAAGAGGCUCCUGGAGUACUUCAGAUGUCAGCUGAUGAAAUGGACCAAAGAGGUUAAAGCUGUUCUGAAAGACGCUUUGAAGGAAGACCGAGAGGGCAGCGAUGGUCUUGCAGCACUGCUGGUGAUGAUGACACAUUUUAAAGAAGCAGAGGAUGCCCUUCUUCUCCUCACUGAUGUAAGUUAUCACUAUUGGUCUUCAAUAACCGUUAUUGUAAAUGGUUCUUUUUUAUUGUGAACACUUGGCUAUUGCAGUAUUUCAACCAACUCACAAUUUAGUUUUUUUUUUAUCUCAAAAGUGUCAGUGACAUUAAGGAUCUUCUAUGCAAUAUAGGCGAGUCCACUGUGAAACAGUGAAAGUGCUCUGCAGUGUUUUCACAUCAUCUUUUGGUAUCGCCUCAGUUCUCUCUGAACCACAACACAGGUUAUACCAAAAAGAUACCAGGUGACAACAACUCCUGCCGAUGCAGAGGAACAGUUGGUCCUUCCCAGCACCCCAAGGCUCAUUAGGAGACACUGUGUGGUCUGCUAACAAAUGGAUGCUGUCCAUAGAGGGCCGAGUUGUAAUCCCAGGAAUCCCUGAUGAAAUCCUGGAUUUCACAACUGCCUUGGCUGUAUUAUUCACCAGUUUCUACGUAUUCAAUAUUGAAUAUCAGGUGGAAGCAGUCACAACACUGGAAUAUGUCCAGAGGUUCCUUGCCAGGAUCAAUCCGGAUUCCAGCAAGUGCACAGCCAAGGUCCAGACAAGCAGGAAAACUGGCAGAACUGUAAAGCGAAAGACCUCUGAUAUGAGUCCACGUGUCAUUUCCUUCAUGAAUGCCUUCUCUGCAUUUGACUGGCAAAACAACUAGAUUAAGGAAUCUGCUACUGAUGUUGCUGUGGAAUAGCACUGUGGACCUGAUGACUGGAUAAUGGAAUCACUGCGAUCCUAAGAGGUUAGCACCUUAUUACUGCACCUCCCCCACAACCUCAAUGUUUAGAUUUGGUGAGUGGACUUUGCUUCAGGGGGAUUUAAUUGUGUACUAUUUUUUCUACAUGUCUACAUUUUUCGUUUUGUUGUUUGUAUUCAAUGUGUUAACAACAUGUUCCAUGCAAGAAUAGUGUGAUAGUGAUAGUGAUUAUCAGGUUUUGUUGAUGUUAUUGCCACUGAUUUUAUGGAUAUUAAUAUCCAUUGUUUUAUGGUUAGUAAUAUUUUGAAUGUGUAGAAAUUGUUGUAGCUGCUUGUCAGAAAACUGUACAUGGAAUGUGAUUUGAAAGAGAAAAUUCAUUGCAUAUUAUGUUUGUGAUAGCCAUGGUAUGCUUAGCAAUUAAGCAGUAUUGUGUUUAUAGAUUGACUUUUUAUACUUGUAACUGUUUCCCCACAACCUUAAUGUUUAGAUUUGGUGAGUGGACUUCGCUCCAGGCGGAUUUAAUUGUGUACUGCCAUUUUUCACUUGGUUAUUUGUAUUCAAUGUGUUUACAGAAUGUUCUAUGCAAGAAAAUUGAUCAUAUGUUUUGUUGAUGUGUUAUUGCCAAUAUUUAUGGAUAUUAAUAUCCAUUGUUUUAUGGUUACUAAUAUUUUAAAUGUGCAAAGAAUAAAUAAUUAGGAAAAUGUAUAUUUUGGUGUCCCAAUAAUUGUUGAAACUUAAAAAUAUCAAUUUUAAAUGCAGUAAAAUUUUAUUGAAAGCAGAAUACUGGUAAUCAGUAAAUUACACCAUAACAUGAAUCAUACAGGAUUAUAGAAGUGUGGUUACAGUUAAAAUAUUAAUAUUGUAACUUAAAAAUACAGUAGUAGUAUUUUUUUAUAUAGUUAAAACACUUAAAACACUAUAACCAAAAUACAUGAAAUUACUGUUUUAUUUUACAGUUAGAACACUAAUGAUGUAAUCACAAAUGCAGUGCAGUACCGUUUUAAACAAGUACAUUUCUAUACAAGUUUAAUGUACAUCAGAAAUGAUAAAGAAAUGUCACUUCUGUUCUGAAUUACAAUCGACUGGUGUCAUAUGGUGUUAUUCACCCAGGCAACUACCUUUUUUGGUGGAACUUCAUGAUCCUCCUCUUCCACAUCUUUCCACUUGCUGUUUGGCUUACUCUUCCUCUUCGGUGCAUCUUGCCAGAUGUCUUUACCCCUUAUGAAUUCCUGUCUCACUGUAGUUGUCUGUAAAAAAUGUGAUCAAAUUAAAAGCUUGGCUGUGGGAUCUCUUAA